AUGGCGCCAGAAAUCACCCGCAACGGAAACUACUCGGCCGCUUCCGACGUCUUCGCGUUUGGUGUUUUGCUACUGGAGAUGGUCUCCGGGAGGACACCGACGGAGGAGGAUUCCGUCAGCUUUUUCAUCGCGGACUGGGUCAUGGAGCUUCACGGGAGCGAUGACAUUCUAGGCGCGGUCGAUCCGAGACUGGGAUCUGGUUACGACGGUGAAGAGGCAAGGGUGGCUCUGGCGGUUGGAUUGCUCUGUUGCCAUCAAGCACCUGUGUCUCGGCCUUCGAUGAGAAUGGUUAUUAGGUAUCUGAACGGAGACGAACAUGUUCCUGAGAUUGAGGAUUCUCAGUGA